AUGGAGCUGAAGAGAGGAAAGACCUUCAUCAAAUCCAGCCUGCAGAUUUCCCAUGAGAAACCCCCAGACCCAGCAGCCACUGCUCCAGUCAGGGAGGAUGCAGGUCCCUGGUCAGUCUCACCAGGAGGGCAACAGCGGCCCUACAGUGAGAGAGCCCCACAGGUCAGUCUCAACGCCCAAGGAUAUGACAGAUGCCCCAACAAGGGAGCGAAACCAGAACCCGAGGUGGGGGCUACAGCCUUCUGUGGGGCCACCUUCAAACUGGUACGAAAGAGCAAGACUCAUGACAGUGUGCCUGGGGCUGGCAGGGUGAGUGCCACCACAGGGCACCUGGUGGGCAGCGCGAGUUUCCCAGGACCCUCUAGCAGCCAGCGCAUGAUUGACUACCGCCACUUUGUGCCCCAGAUGCCCUUCGUGCCAGCUGUGGCCAAGAGCAUACCAAGGAAGAGGAUCUCCCUGAAACGACCUAAGAAGUGCUUUCGGAACCUAUUCCACAUUCGCAGAAACAAGACUGAGAACUUGGCCUCACUGGUAACCAAGAGGGAGAGCCUGUCCUCGCCUGGAGGCCCAUCAGAGGCUGGAGGGCAGACAGACACAGGCUUCUUUCCCUUUGGUGAAGGACUGGGGCCAGAUGGCCUAUGUCAAGACCUAUCUGACAGCGAGCUCCUGCCCGACUCUUCCUUUGACCUCUGUAGGGCCCUGUGUGAGGAUGUGGCCUCACUCAAGAGCUUUGACUCUCUGACAGGCUGUGGGGAGAUCUUUGCAGAUGAAAGCUCCGUGCCAUCCCUGGAACUGAACGAGGGCCUGGAGAGCCCAACUCAGGUAUCACAGGCCCUUGAAAACAAAGUUCUUAGGGGCCCCUUCCAGGACAGCAUGGAACAGCUGGCAUCACCCGCCCAAAAUGAGAUGUCUGACUUUGCCAAGUUCUGGGACAGUGUGAAUCGCUCUGUGAGACAGCAGCAUAGCACCCUACUGGGCCCAUGGCUGGGGAGUCCCCAGGGGACAGAUACAGACCGACCCAGGCUGGAUACAGCUGGGCUUGCUGAGCUCCCCCUGUGCCCUUGCAGGGACCCCCACAGUGGCUCCAAAGCCAGCUCCAUAGACACAGGUACCCCCAAGAGUGAACAGCCAGAAUCUGUGUCCACAAGUGAUGAAGGCUACUAUGACUCCUUCUCACCUGGCCUCGAGGAGGAUAAGAAGGAGGCUUCGAGCCCAGGCACACCUGCAGCUGCCUUCCCCCGGGAUAGCUACAGUGGAGAUGCCCUCUAUGAGCUCUUCUAUGACCCCAGCGAGGGCCCUGUUGGCCCAAGCCUGGAUGAUGACCUGUGUGUGUCUGAGAGUCUGUCAGGGCCAGCACUAGGAGCACCACUGUCCAUGUGCAGCUUCCAUGUGGGGGCAGAGGAGAACUUGGCCCCAACACCAGGUCCAGACCUGCUCAGCCAGAGCUUUUUGCAAAGCUCCUGGAAGGGCAAAGAGUGUCUGCUAAAGCUCUGUGACACUGAGCUUGCCAUCACCAUGGGCAUUAUCAAUUGGCUUCGCCGUAGCCCUGAGCUCCGCACCCCGCCUGCCUCAGCCCCUGGGGAUACUGCAACCUCACCCAGGGGACAGACAGAGAAACUGGAAGCUGGCUCUGAGCAAAAGAGCCCAGGUCCAGUGAAGCUGGAGGUCAGGGGGCCUGGGGCUUCAGAUGCAGGUAGGACCAUUGUGGGCUCAGUACCCAGCAGGCGGGAGCUGUGGGCACAUUCGCUUACCAAGGGCCUACUUGCUGGAGAGAGCAAGGUCCUAGCAGGGCCUGAGCAGGUAACUAGCUCUCUGUCCAGGGACCCAUCUCUGGAGUGUGUGCAGGUCUCUGGGGAAGGAGGGACACAAGGCUGCUAUGAAGGCUUGUUCUCCCCUGUGGGGUCUGCAACCUCUGCAACAACAGACACUUGCAGCAAAAACAAAGUCUCAAACCUUUGGCCUAGCUCCCAGGAGCCCAGACCACCUGGGAAUCUGGAGUAUUUCAGAGGUUCUUGGAGGCCUGGUCCUGGGGAAAGCACCCUCGAUGUAGAGCCCACCCUGACAGGCUGUGCGGCCCAGGUUGCAGCCCUGAAGAUCCAACCAGACUGCCAACCCCCUACUAAACAGCCCCCAAGGCAGGAUAUGAGCAGUGGGCUCUGCAGGCAACCUCAAACCAGGGGCCCUGAAAUUCUGCAGCAGAAACAGCCUAACAGCUUCCCUAGCGUGGCAGUUUCAUGUGGCCUGCCUUCCCUGGGUAGUCCACUACACAGCUCACAGGACCAGAGGUGCCCAGGCCAUGUUCUUGACCUCAGCCAGCUCAGGGUGGAGCACACCAGGAUGGAUGCCCAGUCUCGUGCCUCUGUGGAGGACCAGCCCCUGUAG